AUGUCAAUGCCCAUCUCACACCUACCAAACGAGAUCCUAGCAAUCAUCUUCACCUACUACAUACUCGCUUCCUAUCCGGCGCAGACACUCCAGCUCGUCUGCCGACGAUGGUACGCCGUCGCCAAAGAGACGCCGGUCAUUAAAGGCAGGAUUCUCUUCUUGGCUCAGAAUCUUUCCAAGUCCCCAAACUUAUAUACCGAGUUUCGUGCCAGGUGCGCCUCCCCAAUGGGCACAGUGCACGCAAUAGAGCGGCUCAACGGACGAACUUUCGAGUUCACCUACGUUUCUCUUGCAAUGACGAGAAGUACAAUUGAAGAUGAGCCUUUACCGCUGGAAUCUAGCCCAGGAUUCGAGCUCUGGACGACGUUUUCGCGGCAAUGCACCAAAUUGCACCUGGAUCUCCGAUGUAACAAAGCUCGAUGGGUACACCUAUUCCCACCCUUUUACGCCCUUACCCAUCUCGAAAUCAUCAACCCGGCUAACGGCGUUACCUCCACUAUGCUCGCCCGUAUCGACAGAGGAUGUCCGCUCAUAUCUCUCAAAGUGAUGCAGCUGAGGACUACCACGAUCAUCAAAUUUGGGAGUAUUUUGGGUCAGUUGAAGAGACUGUACGUCAGUACAAGGAUCCAAAAGUUGUUCGGCAAGCUCUUGCCCUUGUUGGGCAACGUGGAGGAGCUGAGCUUGCGUAUCCCGCCUAUACUACGCAGAAGGGUUCCAUUGACAGCGUUCUACGUACCCAAAAACACCAUCUUGCCAAAUCUCACGACACUUGAGGCACCAGGAUCACUUGUCGGUCUACUACCACCCUUUGUCUUAAAGCGCAUCACACGUCUAACGGUUCUCCGGCCGUCUAUAAUGUCACUAAAUUCUGGCCAUAACGAAGCUGAAAACCCGCCACUUUUGCUUCCAUGUCUGGUACAUUUGACACUCUGCGGGGUCUAG